AUGGAGCCCCAACGAAAUGCCGCCGAGACGCAGCGAAAAAAGGUCUCUACAUACGGAAAACUCGCUUCUCGCAAACGCCACACCAGCCCAAGCCCAACCUCAUCGCUUCUACAGGUUUCGUCGACAGAAAAAAGCUCUCCAGCAGCCUCAACGACUCAUCGGCCCAAGCAAUCCCAGACUUCUCUUCUGCAGACCGGCGACUCUUCGCGACCGCAGAAAACGCUUAGCAGUGCCAGGCAUGUGGCCCUCGAUGCAGCUCGUAAACAACAGGCGCGCGAGACAGACACAACACGAAAACGAAGCCACAGGUCUGCAUUUGGUACAGGGCAUCCUGCGGCGGCGGUAGAUAUCGCAGCUGCGCACCGGAUCUCCAGGCCAGCUUCAGCGCAAGAGCACGUACGACACUCAGGCGGAACAAAUAUCAAACAUUCAAAAGCGAGUGCUGUUAAGAAAGGAGCGGUAUAUUCCAAGUCCACAGACUCGCUACCGGUGACGCCAAAAAAAUCAAGUGCUGUUGAAUCGGCUGCUAUCGGGCUUGGGAGAGGUGCAGAAGCAAAAAUACUAUCUACAAGCAAAUCUCCAGAAACGCCACCAACGCGUCGACGCCGUUUAAUCGAUGCGCUUGUAGCAGAUAAGCCUAAUGAUCCCAGCGCCAGUCCAAGCCAGAGUGUCCCGGUGUUUGAGCACAUCAAUAGGACAGAGCAGAGAAGCGCUCCAGAUGGGCGUCCUAGCAUUCGCACGGAUGCGCCGCUGCGCAGGACCACCUCCGAUACCAAUACACUGGAAAAGAGGAAGAUCAAAUUCACUUAUAGCCAAUCCCGAAGCUUUCUUCAAAACUCGCAGGAGUCGAAUGCAACAGAGCCCACCGACUUCCCAUCUAUUGACGAUAUUGACGAACCUUUGAAGCCGCCAUCUCCGACCAUUGAAGAAGACGACGACGACGACGACUUGAAGACCAAGGUCGCCAUCAGGAGCGUUCAUGAGCUGCGACGAGCCGGCGCCAAUAACCGAUCCUCGGAUGAAGUGGACGAUCUGCUGUCUAGAAUUGGGGCGCCGGGAUCUUUGGCUUCAACCAUGCGGAGAAAUGCCUUGUGCGAACUGGCUGACAAGCUACAAAAGAAGGAGUUUAUGAAUCAAUUCCGUGACCAUGCAUCGCGAGAUAACAUAGCCAAGGAAAUCAGCUCAGAGAAAGACACAAUCAGCGGGUUUCUUCUCGCUGCUGCCUUUGUUAUCUUCCUAUCGUCAGGCCCUGCGCCGCAUAUGCUUCACCAGCUAACGGAAAACAAGGUUGGCGUGUGGUUGAGCAAUCUUCUCACUAUAGGAGAGGAUAUUUCCGCUAUUGCUUUACAGAAAUCCUCCAAUAUGCCAAAAACAACCAGGAACUCACUAGCCAAUGUGAAGAAGGCGCUGCUGGGAAUGCCAGUAUGGCAUGGCUACCAAUCUCUACAACUCUCUCCUCGAACCAUUGCUUUACAACUGCUGUCCAUGCUCAUUGGCCUGCUAGACUCACAGGAGGUCCAAGCUAUGUUGGAUGAUACUGCUACCAGCAUUUCGCGACUGAGAUCUCACUUUGCGUCUGUCAACUCUUGCGAUAACGUCGAUUAUGCGCUCACCAUCUGCAUUCUCGAGGCACAAUCCAGCUCCACAACCUCCACAACCUCCACAAACGAAACUUUUACAGAAAUUCAGCAAGAAAUGUCUGAGAUCGCUACAUUCCUUCGAAGCAUGCUGCAAGGCUGGCCAAAAACACACAACGGCAUAGACGCUACCUUGUUAAAGCUUGCCAUCAAUACAACCAAUAAUGAGACAAGGGCAGCUGCAAUUCAAGACCGCCAGUUGCUAUCAAGCCUGACCCGCUGUGUAAUCUCAGGGUUCUCGACUGUCGAGAGUGCUAUUCAAAAAUCAACUUUCGAAAGUAACAUAUAUGACGAGCUUCUACUCAUACUUGGGAUCAUGAUCAAUGUUUUGGAACACUCCUCGGAUGCGCGUGCAUCUAUUCAUGUGGAUGAAAUUAAUCAGCUGGCUUCGACUUGGUCUGAACUCGAACGUGUAAUGGAAAAGGACGAUUCCGUCGAGACGUCAAAACUCGGCAAAUCAUCGCUCGCUGUGCAGUUCGUUGACGGCCAUUUCGUGGAGAGCUACUACCCGACGAUAGAAAACACUUUUAGCAAGACUAUACAGUGGAAGGGCCAGGACUUCUCGACGGAAAUCGUCGACACCGCCGGACAGGGUACCGAAUCCGUUCCCAUCGUCAUCGUAGGUAACAAGAGCGAUCUUCGACCAGAGCAGCGCCAAGUCAGCCCCGAAGAGGGCAAGAAGCUUUCCGAGAAAUUCCAGUGCGGUUGGACAGAGGCGAGCGCGAGAUACAAUCAGAAUGUUGGCAGGGCAUUUGAGCUUCUGAUUGGCGAGAUUGAGAAGUCUCAGAGCCCUGGAGAACCCCCAGCAAAAAGCAAUUGUCUCUUGAUGUAG